AUGAGUUCAGCACAAGAUCACACGUGGUCCUCGGGUGACUUUGAGCACCCAAACCAGAAGAUACGUUGGUCGAUGACCGUGGCGCUAGUCUUCGCUUUCUUACUCUCUACCGUCGCCGUGGGUCUCCGAUUCCUAGCCAGACGAUUGGCUGGCGGAAGACUUUACUUGGAUGAUUGGUUGAUGCUUGUGGCUUUGAUUUUCAAAUACGGAUGCUCCAUUGGAGUAACAACUCUCCUAUACAAUGGGUUGGGAUCACAUAUCGACACGAUUCCGCCAAAGAACCUCACAUGGUACUUCAAAGUUGCGUGGGCCAAUAACUACGUGUACCCCGGCUGCGUCGGAUUCGUCAAGCUGUCGAUCCUGGCCCUCUACAAGCGAAUUUUCUCCUCGAAAAAGAUGAACUACGCUGUCAACAUCAUGGCGUCCUUUGUGAUUGUCUGGGUCAUCGGCAAUUGGAUUGCCGGAACUGUGAACUGCUUGCCCGUGGCCAAGUUUUGGGAUCAAUCGCUCGAAGGAGCAUGUAUGGGUAUUGCCGAAUUCUCCUACGGCCAACAGAUCCCCAACAUUGUUUCCGAUGCCAUCAUUUUGAUUAUGCCAAUCAAGGUUGUUUGGAGUCUUUCGAUCCCGAAAUCUCAGAAAAUUCUUCUUUCUGGUGUCUUUUUUAUCGGUGUUCUGACCUUGAUCUUUGAUUGUGUCCGACUAUGGCGCAUGAUCGUGCUGUCAGAAUCUGGUCCCGAUAUCACUUAUAACCAAGCCCCCGUUGUCAUGUGGACAUGUAUCGAAGCCGCCGUCGGUAUUGUGGCCGCUUGCCUCCCCAACCUCCGCCCGCUCUUCAAGUUUGGUGGCCGUGGAUUCUGGUCCCAACUUCGAUCCGGAAGCAGGGGUUCUGGAAAGUCUCAUCUGAACACGAACACGACCACAACCACCACGACUUCGACGAACUUGAGUAUUCAAAAAGGACCUCUGAACUCCCACGUUACCGAGCAGGGCAUCGAAAUUCACCGGUACAGUGACAUUAUUCGAGGAGAUGGGGAGAAGGUUUAG